CAUUCCUCUGUGCUUUUUUUUUUUUUUUGCCUUUUCACCUGCAGCCCAGGAGGACGACACAAGGCAAACAGACAGGUGUGUGUGUGUGUGUGUGUGUGUGUCUGAGAACCGCCUGUGUUCAUUUCGUGGACAUGGUUGGAUGUGCAGUGUGAAGAUGGACGUGCAGAGAAAACGGAUGGAUGGAUGGAGGAGCAUGUAGAUCGUGACGACCUUGGGCCGAACUUUCUGCCACGCUUGCCCAGAGACUGAUGGUGUCACGUGACCACCCCACCUCCUCAACGUCUGCAGGAGGUCAUGCAGCACCGGUGUGAGUGACGGGCAGCGUGAGCCAAUGAGCUUCACACCAAACCCAGGCAGGGACAGCCUCCCGCUGAAGAAGAGGGACCAAAGACUGAGCUCACUGUCACAUCCGCAGCAGGAGUGUGAUGCAGCAACAUUCAAGGCACCUUACCCUUACAAGAGCCGCAAUGAGCAUAAGAUAAAACACACCAGCCCCUUCCAGCCGUUGCCGAGACGGGUCCCUGCUCUCUACCAGCCCUGGAUGCAGAUUCACUCAUCGUCCACCAGCAGGUCCAAGCCUCAGGUGCUGUCUGCCUUCAAGGAUCACCAUGGCUGGGCAGAGUCGAGAGAGUUCAACCCCCUGCACCCUGCAUGGGACUUUCCCUACCACUACCAAUUACCUGGCACACCUGCAGUCCAUCCACACCGGCCCUCUAGAUUCAGCCCCAUCUCUCUAGUGUCAGAGGGUUUGCGACACCGCGAAGGGUACAACUGGGAGCAGCUCAAGACAUUAAGGGACAAGAGUUUCAAUGCAGAGAGGCAAAGCAAUAGCAGGAGUAAAGGACCAUAUGUGAGGAGAAGAGACAGGAAAGUGGAGUAUUUUCCCAGGUUUGAAAGAGCAAGUCCUCUGUCGUUGAGCACUGGCCUACCUCACUCUGCUCACCAGGACCAACAUGAUUUGUUGCACACACCAACAAACAUUGUCCCACAACUUGUGUCUGAACAUUCCCUCAGAACAGGUUCCUGCAACGUUAACUCAAACAGCACAUAUACCUCCAUGAAAGAGGACACAUCCACCCUGCCCUCUUCCGAGCACGCGUCUCCUUCUCCUGACCGUUUCCCCUGGCUGCUCCCUCACUUUGUGGCCGGCUCUCUGAUCGAGCUCAGAGACGGGCGGCUGAGACGGGUGGAGCACCUGCAGACCGAGGACUUCCUGCUGGGAUCACUGGCUUGCCCGGACCUGCGCCUGAGCUGCUGCACGGUGCAGAGCAUCUCUCCUUCAUCCUACAACUCCUCCUCCUCCCUGUCACGCCUCCUCAUCCUGCUUCACGACCAACAGACGCAGGAGUUGGUGGACGUCUAUGUGGAGUACCCGUUCUUUGUGCGUGGGCAGGGCUGGUCCUCCUGCAGCCCUCAGAGAACUGCCUGUCUCUGUGGCCUCCAGUGUCGCCAGCUGAGCGUGGGGGACGUCUGCCUGGCCCUCACACCCGUCUCAGCUCCGUCUCAGCCAUCACUGUCAGCCACACUGGAGCCAAAGACCUCACGCGUGAAGUCAGAGAGAGGGUGUGGGCCCCCCAAGGGGUCACACCUGAUGGCAACUGUUGUCCCAGGGCCACAGUUGCCAUCAGGAGAGAAGGAGGAGGGAAAGACAGUGCGGAGGAGACGUUAUUCGGCCCCCGAGCUGAGAGGUCCAGGGACUAAUUGUAUGAAGUGAAAGGGCCACUGGUUUAUGAGCAGGGAUUACGUCAGGCUCUGUAAAGCUCUGCUAUCUUUAGCUGUAUUUGCUGUCUUUCUACCUCCUGAAUCACAUUUCUGUGCAUGACUGUCAUCUUAAAAAUGUAUAUAUCUAUAAGGAGUCAAUAUAAAGACGAUCGUUAUCGCUCAGGAUCCCCUAGAGGUUAUAUUAGCACAAAAUUUGUUGAGGUAAGUCAAACUGAUUAUGUGAGUUGAAUCAAGGUUAAAUAUCCCACUGUCUGUGAGCCUAAUCAAACGCUCAUUCAUGUGAGAAAGCACUCUUUGAGAAUACAUGUGAAAUAUGUGUCCCCGCAGGGAGCUUCAGUAGUGACAGUGAGGUAGAGAAGGAUCUUGUAGGAUCUAAGAAGAUAGUUUCAGUUUUCAUUCUCCCCAGCAGUCCUGACAGAAUCAGCCCGUGUUCCUUGAAAGGCACAGACCAAACACUCCCUCAGGUCGUUCUCUGCUGGUGAUAUGUUCUGAAGCUAUCUCCUGCCUCAUGUUAUGUAAGACUUCUUCAUUUCUCACAAAUGAUCGAUUUUGGGGAAGUCGAGCAUCGACAAU